GAUUUGCGGAAUACGUCAUCAGUUUCAGCUGUGUACAAUAUAUCCCAGAAAAGAAAAGCAGCAGUCCGAAGUUGAGAUUUCUAGUUAUAAAAAUGACAAUUUAUACACCAUCACAGGGUGAAAAGAAACCCGACAAAGAUGUUUCAGAGCCAGAAGUUGUCACUGAACCUUUGACCAGCUUCAAAGAUGAGGAGGAGGCUGCCUUAGACAACCAGGUCCAGGUGAACUAUUUCCAGAGGAAGAGACGCACAUACUGCAUUCACCUUCUGCUGAUCAUCUUCAUCCUUGUCGUGCUGGCAUGUGGAGCUAUUGGUGCCACAGUCUUCUACAAACAUCUUAACAAAAGGUUGGUGGUAGUUGGAAAAACAUCUACAUUUAAAUUGAAUGAUUACCUCCCUAAACCUAAGACUAACGAAAACAGAGUUUACAGUGGAGUCUGUGGGAACAUUUACAUUGACACCCAGUACAACAGAAGCCUGGAUAGGUUUAUUGGAGAUGCUCUGGAGGACCAGCCCAUGGACUAUGUCGAGGAGAGGAUCCAAGUUUCAGAAGUUGACCUGUAUGAAGAGCUGUACACACCACGCUUUGACGAGGUCCGCGAGAAUCUGGUCUGGCAUGAUUUUGCUAGGAAUUUCUCUGUGAUCAUUGACCGCGAGGUAAGGAUGUGCUAUGUCAUGAAACUCAACAGGAGCAUCAUUGCCCCUCCCAGGGAUUUGAUUGACCUUGUGGACAAACUAAUGUCUGGAUACUACCUGCCCAAAGCCAGGGUAAUCAGAGAAAAUUACCACAUGGUUCAACCUCGUUUGAGUGACCUCUCCACCCUCGGCCCUCGCAUCGCCUCCAAGUGUGGGGAGUAUGCUACUUACUGGCUAGAGAAAUUUGUUGGGGGAGUUGUAAAGCGAAGUGUGAAGGAGAUCAUAGAUGACAAGAAGACCUAUGCAGUCUUGUCAAACCACAUUGACCAUCAAGAGAUUUACAAAAUCAUCGUCCAUGACUACCGAGAGGUUGAGGUAGCUAGUGCUGAGUAAAACAUCAGCACAGCCCCCGCUGGACACAGCAGAUUAGACACGUGUUUUUUUAUUUACUUUAAAUGAGGUCAAAAAGAAACAGAAAAAAAACAAAACAUUCCUAUUUUAAAGAAAUUAGUGCUGUUCUAGCUAAAAAGAAUAUUUUGUUAGCCUGUUUGAUAAUCACUUUGGCUUUUUAUCUACAUAUGGUUAGCUAAUUUUGUAGUAGGGGUUUUAAUUAUAAUUUUAAGAAAGAAAAUAAUUUUAA